UCAGAAGGGUAAUCUAGAAUAAUUCGGCCUCAUGGUUUGCUGUUAGUCGAAAAUACAAGGGGUAUCUGGUCAUUGAUUCCCACCCACCCAUUUUCCACUUCUUUCUUACUUCUAUCGUCACGAAAUGGCUCUGUUUACAGACCACCCGGUCAGGCAUGUUCUCAAAGGCAUUAUUGCUCUCGUGAUAGGCCAUACGAUCAUGAGAUUCUUGCCCCACUCGAUUCAGGUUAUCCAUCUGACUCAAACAUCAGUAACGAUAUUGGCGAUCGCGGCACUUAUCGUAUUGGUAGUGAAACACCACCGAACCGAAAGGGAAGGCAGAGUCUUGUCGCAAGGGCAGGAGGAAUUAAUCUUGAUUGCGGCGUUUGGGGCGUUCUGGCUGGCCCUGCUCUUGGCUAUGCGGGCGUGGAACCAAGGUAGUGUCGACGUCGACCUGGCACACCCACGCCACAUGUUCCAGUCGAGCACUGGUGCUGCCCAAAGCAAUGUUGUCGGUGCUGACAGCCGAGGUAUUGCUGCUGCAGCGGGUAGGCCGCCUGCAGUGGCGUCUGAACGGCUCCAAGGCGCGGCAAGCUAUGUCCGACAACAAUACAAGCCUCAAGCUGGAUUCCGUAAACCAUACCCGUGCGACCCGAACGAUGCUUAUUGUGUUGUCGAGGAGUGGACCUUUUACUGAGUACAUGACAAUAUACGAUCUUGCUAUCUCUUGGUUUGUAUGUAUUUCGGAUGAAAUGGGGCGUCUUGGGUGUAACGAGGUUGUAACGCUAGUCUUCGAGUGUAUAUCUUGUUUUCUACGGCGUUGUUGUAGAUGCUCCGGGAGAGUAUCCAAAAUAUUGAUGAGCUUAAUGACCCGGCCUUUCUCGGUACUUGAAAUGGAUAUCUCCGACGGCGGCGUAACACUAUAUUACAUUUGGCA